CAUCGACCAUGACUCGCGUGGAACCACCGCAGCAGCCUCGUGGCUUUGCCGACCGGCGCGUGCUGGUCAUCGGCGCCGGGUGCUCCGGCCUCAGCGCCCUGAAGGAAUGCCUGGCCGCCGGAUUGAAGACCGUUUGCUUCGAAAAGAGCUCGGACAUCGGCGGCCUCUGGCGCUACUCGCGGGACCCCUCUCGCGGGACCAUCUACAAGUCCACAAUCAUCAACACAUGCAAGGAGAUGAUGAGCUUCUCGGAUUUCCCGCCCGAUCGCAGCAUGCCGGCAUUCAUGCACAACACCGAUGUGGUGGCCUACUUCGAGUCCUUCGCAUGCAAGAACAAUCUCUACCCGCACAUCCAGUUCGACACCGAGGUCAUCAAUGUGGCCCAGAGUGACACCUACCAGACGGAUGGCAGCUGGACAGUCCGCUUUCGCCAGGCCGGCGCCGAUCAGCCCGAGCAGACGGAGACCUUCGCCGCGGUGCUCGUGUGCAAUGGCCACCACACGGUCCCCCGGUAUGGCACGGUGCCGGGGCUGGACAACUUCACCGGGCGCGUGAUGCACAGCCGGGAGUACCGCGGGCCGGAGCCCUUCGCCGGGCGCCGGGUGGUGGUCAUCGGCGCCGGCAACAGUGGCCUGGACAUUGCGGUGGAAAUCAGCCGGGCCAAUGACUGCUACGACCCGGCCGAGCAUGUGCCGCCCCCCGCGGCCGAGAAGCAAGCCAAGCAGCAGUCCCCCGACAAGGGCCCCGGCAAGCCGGCCAUCGCCACCAGCGUCUCGACGGCGAUCAGCCUGUCGGGCCACAUCCCCGGGUGGGCCUUCCAAAACCCGGAGUACGACCACCUGUACCGGCCGGCGGCCGAGCGGUCUGACCGGGCGAAGUCCACCCGGACCCGGGUCCCGGCCGUGCAUCUGGUCUCGCGGUCCGGGACCUAUGUCAUGGCGCGCACCACGCCGGCCGGCGUGCCGAAUGACUUCCAGUGGACGUCGCGCUUCAACCUGACCAUGAUGCCUCCGCGGGUGAAGGCCCUCUUUUCGCGGGUGGGCGUCCAAUUCAGCCCGGCCGCGCAUGACCGCUAUGGCCUGACCCCCAAGCAUGACUUCUUCUCCAGCCACCCGACCAUCAAUGGCGACCUCUUUAGCCAGCUGCACACCGGGUCGGUGGUUCUGGCGCCCGACGUGUUCAACAUCGAGGGCAAGACCAUCACCUUCUUGGAUGGUCGGUCAAUCAUUGCCGAUGACAUCAUUCUGGCCACCGGGUACCAGAUCGCCUUCCCCUUCAUCGAUGCCGAGGAUCCGGCCCUGGCCGACCUGCGGGUGGAGAAAAACCGCCCGAAGAACCUCUACAAGUUUGUCUUCCCCAUUGAUCGGCCCCACUCGACGCUGGCGUUCAUCGGCCUGAUCCAGCCCUUCGGCGCCAUCAUGCCGGUCAGCGAGAUCCAGGCCCGCUGGGUGGCCGGUGUCCUGCGCGGCGCGCUGAAGCUGCCGAGCGUCGUGGAGAUGCGCCGCCAGACAGACGCCGAGCUGAAGGCCAUGGACCAGCUGUUCUACGAGUCCGACCGUCACACCAUCCAGAUUCCGUAUCCCGCCUACACGGAUGAGAUCGCCUCGAUGAUUGGCUGCAUGCCGCCGAUUGGCUCGCUGCUGCUGAAGGAUCCCACGCUCUUCUUCCACCUGGUCUUCAAGGGCAGUGUCCCGUAUGCCUAUCGGCUGGUGGGCCCGGAUGCCUGGAAGGGCGCCCGCGCCGCCAUCACCCAAGCCGGCCAGCGGAUGCUGCCGGUGCACAUGCGCCUCACCCGGGACACCAUGGCCACCGAGAUGCAACGCCUGGUCGAUGAGACAGGAUCCGCGGUUACCCGGCAGAUCUCCAGCAUUCUCACCCUGCUGGCGCUGGUUGCCGGGGUCCUCUUCACAUUCUAUCGGUUCGGCUUCCUGACCGGCUGUGCGGCGGCUCUCCUUUGCGCGUAUGGGCUCACGGUCUAGUUUCGAUGUGUCGCCCUUGCCCUCUCCCCCCC